AAUUUUCAGGUGGAUGAAACUUGAUUAUGUUCUUCUCCUUCUUUUCCAUUUGUGCUUUGUCAACACGGAAUUGAUAAGCGUGAUUACCGGUAAGAUUAAAGAUUCCGGCACGACUAUCGCGAUAUCGGCCGGAGCGUUUUGGGGUCUUAAGGAUCGUUUAAAGUGUUACUUAUAUGAAUGCUGUCAUGAACCUGACGUAAAUUUCAAUUAUCACACACUGGACGCGGAUAUUGCAAAUCUACUGUUUGGCCAACAUUUGGUAAAGGACGUCGUUGUAAAUUCCAUAAAAUCUCAUUGGUACAAUGAAAAUCCCCGAAAACCACUGGUUCUUUCGUUUCACGGUUACACAGGCUCAGGAAAGAACUAUGUCGCUGAAAUUAUAGCAAACAAUACGUUCAGGCUUGGACUCCGCAGUACUUUUGUCCAGCAUAUCGUGGCGACCAAUGAUUUUCCAGACAAAAAUAAACUGGAAGAGUAUCAAGUUGAAUUAAGAAAUCGGAUUCUAACAACUGUACAAAAAUGUCAACGAUCAAUAUUCAUUUUCGAUGAGGCUGAUAAACUACCAGAGCAGUUGCUAGGCGCAAUUAAACCGUUCCUCGACUAUUAUUCGACAAUUUCUGGCGUGGAUUUUCGAAGAAGCAUCUUCAUUCUACUAAGCAAUAAAGGUGGAGGAGAAAUAGCAAGAAUAACAAAAGAACAGUACGAAAGUGGCUAUCCACGUGAACAACUCCGCUUGGAAGCUUUCGAACGAGAACUUAUGAACUUCUCAUACAACGAGAAAGGUGGCUUACAGAUGAGCGAGCUCAUCUCAAAUCAUCUUAUCGAUCAUUUCGUUCCAUUUCUACCGUUACAACGAGAACAUGUCAGAAGUUGCGUUGGUGCUUAUCUUCGAAAACGAGGAAGAGGAGAUCUGGUGUCCAACGUGGAUUUUGUCGAACGAGUUCUUAAUUCUCUACAAUACUUCCCUGAAUCUUCCAAAGCAUUUUCUUCAUCCGGGUGUAAACGAGUCGACGCUAAAACGGAUCUAGAAAUGGCCAAGAUACGGCCACUUCUCUCAAGUGUUCAUUUCGACGAUGAACUAUAACAAUUUUUCUUGUUCAUAUCAGUAUUAGUUACCACUAUAUCUUACUUAAUUUCUAAAUUAUUACGGGAAGCUGUACAUGUAAGCUAUUGCAUUCCUCGAUGAUUACCUCAUUUGCCAAUUUUUCAAACAGUAUAAAUAUUCUUAUUAAU